AUGGCUACCUCUUCGAAUACUACCAUUCUUAAAAAUGGACGCUGCUUCAAUGCUGGCGCGUCUGAGCAACAAGCUCUCUCCAAUUCGACAAUAAUCAUCCAAGAUGAUAAGAUCACCUUUAUUGGUAGCCCAGAUGCAAAGGAAGUCCAAUCACACCUUGAUGCUGGCGCAACCGUUCAUGAUCUUGGCGAAAAACAUGUUCUGGCCGGCUUCAUUGAUGCCCACAUGCAUUUUCUCAUGCUAGGUCAAUCGCUGGACAAGGUUGAACUGGACGAUGCCAAGGAUCUGGAAGAUAUCCGGCGGCGUAUUUCAAAGUACGCAAAAGCCAACCCAGAUAAACCACGCAUCCUGUGCAAAGGAUGGAUGCAAGCGGCGACCGAAAAUCUGGCCAAAGCUAGCAUGUUGGAUGAUUUGGACCCGAGACCGAUAUAUAUCGACGCCAAGGAUUUGCAUUCGUGCUGGUGCAAUAGUGCAGCGUUGAGAGAGAUGGGCGUUCAGGAUAUGGAGAACCCUGCAGGUGGCACAAUCCAACGAGAUGAGCAGGGAAAUGCGACGGGUCUCUUGAGCGAAGCAUGUGUAAUAUUGAUUGUGUGGCCAUAUCUUGCAAAAGCCACGCCACUGGUCAAUAAAAUGGCCGCUCUGAAGGCUGCAAUCAACGCAUACCAUGCAGCUGGGGUUACGGGAUGCAUCGACAUGGCCAUGGAAGAGCCCGCCUGGGAGACCAUACUUGCAUUAAAGGCUGCUGAGGGACUGCCGCUUCGAUUUGCAGCGCAUUGGUGCAUUCUGCCUGGCGAAGGCGAGGAGCAUCGACUGCGACAAGUCGAUCGAGCUAUCAAACUGAGCCAGGAAUACAACAGUGAAACCAGCCCGGAUCUGAAAAUUGUUGGCAUCAAGAUCAUCUGCGAUGGCGUCAUUGAUGCGUGUACAGCUGCGCUGUCAGAACCGUAUACCUCAAAUGGACAUUUCGAAGGCCCAAUCUGGACCCCUGAAAUGUUAGAACCCGUUGUCAAGCGAGCCACCGAACACGGACUGCAGUGUGCGUUGCAUGCAAUCGGAGAUCAAGCCAUUCACAAUGCUGUCGAAGUUCUGGGAAAGUAUGGCAAGCCCGGUCAGCGACAUCGCAUCGAGCAUCUCGAGCUCACUGCGCCCGAAGAUGCGAAGCGGCUUGGUGAACUGGGCAUCACGGCGAGCAUCCAACCUGUCCACUCUGAUCCGGCCAUCCUCCGUGCUUGGCCAAAGCUAUUAGGCCCUGAGCGUGUGAAGCGGGCUUUCGCGUAUUCCGAGUUUGCGCAUCAUGGGGCGACUCUGGCGAUAGGCUCUGACACACCUACUGCACCAUAUGCGCCACUCCCCAACCUAUACAUUGCAACAACUCGCAAGUCGGCUCGCCAAGGAGAUGAAGGAGACGCACCCGUCAACGAGCAUUUCAAGCUCGAGUUGGCACAAGCGGUGACUGCAGCCACUCAAGGCGCAGCAUACUCAUUUUUCGCCGAAGACCGUGUGGGCAGCCUAGAGGUCGGCAAAAUGGCUGAUUUGUGUGUGGUAGAUAUGGAAUGGAAAGGAGAGGAGCUGCUCAAGGCCAGAGUAGCUGAGACCUGGUUUGGAGGAAAGCGUGUGUAUGCAGCAGCAUAA